AUGGAGAGCGACAAAUCGGAGCCGAAAGUCGCCGAGGGUUUGGGCCCAGACAAGCCCGAGAAGAACGCAGCGAAUCCCGACGCAGAAGAGCAGCCUCUUCCCAAGGCUAAAGGGAUUAACGCCGUGGCAGUAUUGUGGACUUUUGGGAAGUGUCUGGGCGCUUUGCUUCCCGUCUACCUGGCCGGCUACUACCGGGUCAGUACCAGCUUGCUGGUGUGCGGUAUGAUGGUGUACACGGGAUGGAAGCACGCCAGAGAGGCCAAGGAAGAGAGGCUCAGGUCGGCCAUCCAGCUGUUCGGCGACGAGCAGGAGCAUGGUAGCUUGAAAAUGUCCAAAAUAAAGCGAGAUCUACCUGCGUGGGUCAACUUUCCGGACGUUGAGAAAGUAGAAUGGCUGAAUAAGGUGCUGCAACAGGUGUGGCCUUUUGUUGGCCAGUACCUGGAGAAGCUCCUGGUGGAGACCAUUGCUCCAUCUAUCCGAGCCUCAAGCAGCCACCUGCAGACACUCAGUUUCACGAAAGUGGACAUGGGUGACAAGGCCAUGAAGGUGGUAGGGAUCAAAGCACACACCGAGAACGACAAAGGACAAGUCCUGCUUGAUCUGUAUAUCAGCUAUGUUGGCAAUGUAGAAAUCAACGUGGAAGUAAAGAGAUACUUUUGCAAAGCUGGAGUCAAGGGAAUACAAUUGAAUGGGAUGAUGCGAGUCAUUCUAGAGCCGCUGAUUGGAGAUGUGCCUAUUGUGGGUGCAGUCACCAUGUUCUUCAUUCGCAGACCCCGACUCGAUAUCAACUGGACUGGAUUGACUAAUUUGUUGGAUAUCCCUGGACUGAAUGUCAUGUCCGACAGCAUGAUCAUGGAUGCAAUCGCCUCCUUUUUGGUGCUGCCCAACCGUCUGGUGGUCCCCCUGGUUCCAAACCUGCAUUUGGGCCACCUUCGCUCCCCUUUGCCCCGGGGUGUGGUCCGCAUCCACCUUGUAGAGGCCCAGAAUUUAGCAGCAAAGGACAGCUAUGUGAAAGGGGUUAUGGCGGGCUUGUCAGACCCAUAUGCCAUAUUGCGGGUGGGUCCUCAGAUGUUCACCUCUCACCACUUUGACAACACAGACUCGCCUAAGUGGGGAGAGAUGUAUGAGGUGAUAGUCCAUGAAGUGCCUGGUCAGGAACUGGAGGUGGAGGUUUAUGACAAAGAUCCAGACCAGGAUGAUUUCCUGGGCAGGACCAAAUUGGAUUUGGGCAUUGUGAAGAGGUCCAUAGCUGUUGAUGACUGGUUCACUUUGAAGGAUACUCCAUCAGGUCGUGUCCAUCUCAAACUGGAGUGGUUGGCCUUGAUGCCUACAACUGAUAGACUUGAGCAGAUCCUAAAGAGGAACGAGAGUGUGACCAGUAAGACAGCUGACCCACCCUCCUCUGCAAUCUUGGUUGUCUAUCUUGACAAAGCUGAAGCACUUCCAAUGAAGAAGGGGAAUAAACAGCCCAAUCCCAUGGUGCAGUUAUCGGUGCAGGACAUCACUCGAGAAAGCAAGACAUGUUAUACAACAGUUGAUCCAGAGUGGGAAGAAGCAUUUACCUUUUUUAUCCAGGAUCCACGCAAACAGGAUAUUGACAUUCAGGUGAAGGAUGUAGACCGAGUGCAAACAUUGGGCAGUCUGACCAUCCCCCUGUCUCGUGUCCUGUCCACUUCUGGCCUCUCUCUGGACCAGUGGUUCCAGUUGGAUAACUCUGGAUCAGCCAGUCGUAUUUAUAUCAACGCAGUUCUCAGGAUGCUUUGGUUGGAUGAGGAACGUAUCAUCGCUGAUGUAUCAUCUCACCUGGAAUCUGGAGGCAAACAGUUACCCCAGGAGACCUCUCCCCACUCUAGCUUUGCCACAGAGGGGCUGCUUAGAAUCCACCUGCUGGCUGGACAGAAUCUUGUUCCCAAAGACAACAUGAUGGGGGGCAUGGUGAAAGGCAAGAGUGACCCCUAUGUCAAAAUCAAUAUAGGGGGGGAAACAUUCACAAGCGACGUGAUCAAGACCAAUCUCAACCCCACCUGGAAUGAGAUGUAUGAGGUGAUUUUGACACAGUUGCCUGGUCAAGAGCUUCAUCUAGAGGUGUUUGAUAAAGACAUGGACAUGAAGGAUGAUUUCAUGGGCAGGCUGAAGAUCAAUCUGAAGGACAUCAUUGAUGCUCAGUACACAGACCAGUGGUACACUCUGAAUGAUGUCAAAUCCGGUCGAGUUCACCUGGUACUGGAAUGGGUUCCGACGUCCUCCGAGGCUGAUCAGUUGGAUCAGGUUCUUCAGUUCUAUUCUAGGCAGUCCUACCAGAACAAGGCAAUCCCGUCUGCCGGUCUUCUGUUUGUCUUUAUUGAACAAGCUGAUGGUUUACCAGUGAAGAAGAGUGGAAAAGAGCCAAAAGUGGGAGCAGAGAUAGUUCUUGGAGAAAUGUCCCGUAAAACUACAGUGUGUGAUCGCUCUAUUUCACCCGAGUGGAAUGAGGCCUUCUGCUUCUUAGUUCGUGACCCCAGAAAGGAUAUUCUUCAUGUCAAGCUGUCUCACAGCUGGACAUUACCCAUGGGUUCCUUAGUGAUUCCUAUCAAAGAGCUGCUUGCUGAGCCAGAGCUAGUCCUGGAUCAGUGGUUCCAUCUCGACGGAGCCUCUCCUGAGAGUCAGGUUCUUGUUCGGGCUGAACUCAAGAUGCUGAUACCGAGCAAGUGUCCCCGUGCUGGUGGUCAACCUAGGGUCUCUUUAAAAGACUCAACCCGCUUUCCCGAUCAACAGAAACGUGAGGCUGAUGUGAUCCAAAAAUCAAGUUCAGAGGAUACUCCUGUGGAAACUAUUAUUCCUCAAGUGAUGAUGCGUGAAGAGGUUGAUUUGAAGUUGCCUGAGGCUGACGUGACAGAAGAUACGAAAGGAGAAACAUCAAGUCCUGCUGUGGUGAAACCUGCUCAUACUUCACCAGACCUCAGCUUUGCCAGUGAGGGGCUAGUGAGAAUCAUCCUCAUGGAGGCUCAGGAUCUGAUCGCCAAAGACAACCUAAUGGGGGGUCUCAAAAAGGGCAAGAGUGACCCCUAUGCUAAGAUCACCGUUGGAGAGGUCACAUUUAAAAGCAACGUUGUCAAAGAGAAUCUCAACCCCGUCUGGAAUGAGAUGUAUCAGGUGGUGAUGAGGCCUCAGUCUGGAAUUGACGUCCAAGUGGAGCUUUAUGACCAGGACAUGGACAAAGAUGACUUUUUGGGAAGGUUGAACAUCAGUAUAGCAGACAUCAUUAGCUCACAGUACACAGACCAGUGGUACAGUCUGAUGGAUGUUAAAUCUGGUCGUGUCCGUCUCAUAUUGGAGUGGGUCCAAACAGUGUCCCAUAAUGGCACCUUGGACAAAGUGAUGCAGCUGCAGUCUUUGCAACUAUUCCAGAACAAGACCGUGCCCUCUGCAGCUCUGCUCUUUAUUUAUUUGGACAGAGCACACUCAUUGCCUUUUAAGAAAAGUGGAAAGGAGCCAAAGGCUGCUGCUGAGCUUGUUUUUGGUAACACAACCUAUAAAACUAAGGUUUGUGAUCGUAGCAGGUCACCCGAGUGGAAGGAGGCCUUCUCCUUUUUGGUCCAAGACCCUGCAAAAGAGAUGCUUGUCAUUAAGUUAUCCAGUGCUUGGGACCAGCCAAUGGGCUCACUCGUAGUUCCUGUCAAAGAGCUGCUGUCAGAACCUGAGCUGGUGCUGGAUCAGUGGAUGCCUCUGGAUGGAGCCUUGCCUGAGAGUGAGAUCCUAUUGAGGGCAGAACUCAGGAUAUUGAAUUCAAAGAUGACUGAAACCCCACAGCCUUGCGAUCUUCCUUCAAAGAAGACAAUCACGCUAGACACUGCGAAGGAUGAAGAUAACUCAAAGCUAACAUUAGAUGAUUCCUCUACAGUAACAAAUCAGCUGAAGUACCUCGAAGCAGAAGAUGAUCAUGCCCUUCAGCCUCCUGAUGCAUCAGUGGUGGAGGAACGAGCAGAUGCAGAAGAGCAUCCAACACAGUUGGACCGUCAGGUUCAUACAGAGGAGAUGGAGACAGAGGACAUAACGGCAGAGGAUCCGGAUUCCGCAAUGCCUGGUCUUCCUGCUGAACCCUUGGAGCCCAAAGUUGACAUUGAUCCGCAGCACACAACCCCAAGCAAGGAAUUUGCCACUGAGGCAUUGCUGAGAAUUCACCUCCUCGAGGCCCAGAACCUGGUUGCUAAGGACAACCUAAUGGGAGGGAUGGUAAAGGGAAAAAGUGACCCCUAUGUCAAGAUCACCGUUGGAGGGGUUACAUUUAAGAGCAAUGUCAUCAAAGAGAAUCUCAACCCCACAUGGAACGAGAUGUAUGAGGUAGUUUUAAGCAGCCACAGUGGUCAGGAAAUUCAACUUGAAGCUUUUGAUAAGGAUUUGGAUUCUGACGAUUUCCUGGGCAGGUUCAGUGUUAAACUCAUUGAGGUCAUGAGAUCACAGUACAUAGAUCAGUGGUACACCUUGAAUGACGUGAAGUCCGGGCGGCUUCACUUGAUCUUGGAGUGGAUUCCUAAAGUGUCUCACUCUGUCCAACUUGACCAGGUAAUGCAACUUCAGUCGCUCCAAUCUUUCAAGAACAAAGCCAUCCCCUCUGCAGCUAUGCUAUUUGUCCAUUUGGAGCGAGCACACUCAUUACCCUUGAAAAAGAGUGGGAAGGAGCCCAAAGCGGGAGCUGAACUUGUUCUUGGGGACACAACCUACAAAAGCCAGCUAUGCGACCGCAGCACCCAGCCCCAAUGGGGUGAGUCUUUCUACUUCCUCGUGCGUGACCCUAAACGACAGAUGUUCGUCCUGAAGUUGUCUAGUGGCUGGGACCAGCCAAUGGGUUCUCUGGUAGUUUGUGUAAAGGAGCUGCUCGCACAGCCACAGCUGGUCCUAGAUCAGUGGUUCCAUCUGGAUGGGGCAACACCUGAAAGCCAGGUCUUGCUGAGGCUUGAACUCAAGGUUUUGGAGACCAAAAUGGUCGAAAUGAUCAGUUCAGGGACUCUGCCUUGCGCUGACCUCAUUAGCGGGGCAGGGCAGGUGAAAUUGUCACUUUCAUUUGACCCACGAGAAGAAAAGCUGGUCGUCAUUGUACAUGCCUGCAGAGGCCUAAUGAGCGCCAGUAAAGAUGCUGUUGACAGCUACGUCUCUGUCAUGCUGCUGCCAGACAAAAACAAGGCCACCAAGAGGAAGACGGCCGUGAAGAAACGAGAUCGCAAUCCGGAAUUUAAUGAAAGGUUUGAAUACAAUUUGCCUCCGGAGGAAGUAAAGUUGAGGCACCUUAGCGUGGCAGUGAAGAAUAACGCAGCCUCCUUCAGAAGUCGUGACGUCAUUGGACAGGUGCAGAUUGAGUUGGCGGAGCUGAAGCUAGAGUCUGGUGUCACUGAAUGGUGA